CGUAAAGGAGGAAAUCAGAAAAUAACGGCGCUGCAGAAAUGGACCUGCGCUCUGAGCUGCUCAAAUCCAUAUGGUACGGUUUUACUGCCCUGGAUCUAGAGAAGAGUGGGAAAGUGUCCAAGUCUCAGCUGAAGGUUCUGUCUCACAACCUUUGCACAGUCCUGAGCAUCCCACAUGACCCAGUGGCUUUGGAGGAGCACUUUAGGGAUGAUGACGAUGGCCCAGUUUCCAGUCAGGGUUACAUGCCUUACCUCAACAAAUACAUCCUGGAUAAGGUUGUGGAGGGAUCUUUUAAUAAGGAAAAUGUAGAUGAGCUAUGUUGGACUCUUACGGCGAAAAAGAACUACCAGCCAGACAGAAGCAGCACCUCGGUUCUGCCAGACCGGGAUGCUUUUCGACUCUGGUGUCUUUUUAACUUUCUGUCUGAGGACAAGUACCCGUUGGUUAUGGUUCCAGACGAGGUGGAGUACCUCCUUAAGAAGAUAUGCAUGGCGAUGAGCAUUGAGUUCAACUGUGUUGAGCUUGACGACUUCUUCUCUCAGGACUCGGGGCAACAGAGCGGCAUCACCGUCUGGGUCUUCCUUCAGAUGAUGAACUCUGGGAAAAUAACCCGAGGCAUCGAUAAGAGCAUCAUCAGCAUGGCGAUAGAGGAAGUGUACAGGGAGAUAGUCGGGGAUGUUCUCAAAGAGGGUUAUCUGUGGAAAAAAGGCCAGCUGAGGAGAAACUGGAAGGAACGCUGGUUCACUUUGAGGCCCAGCAACCUGUCCUACUACACCGGAGAGGACCGCAAGGACUGCCAAGGGAAUAUAGUCCUGGAUGGAAACUGUUGCGUAGAGGUGCUGCCCGACCGAGAUGGGAAGAGGUGUAUGUUUUGUCUGAAAACCUUGUCCAAAACCUAUGAAAUGAGUGCCUCGGACACCAAGCAAAGACAGGAGUGGACUGCAGCCAUUCAAACAGCCAUCCGGCUGCAUGUGGAGAGCAAAAACUCUCUGCAUAAAGACCUGAAGUUGAAGAGACGAGAGCAGCGGGAGCAGCGGGAGAAACGACGACAGGCCAAAGAGGAGGAGAUGCAGAGGCUCCGGGCCUUGCAGGAGGAAAAGGAGCGCAAGCUGGCAGAGCUGGAGCUCCUGAAGGAGGCGCAGAAGCAGGCUCAGGUCCUGAUGGAGCAGGACGAGCAGAGGAGACGCCAGCAGCACGAGCAGCUCCAGCACGCUCUGGAGAUUCAGCUCCGCGAAGCGGAGGAGGCCAGGGUCAGUAUGCAGGCGGAGAUGGCUCUGAAGGAGGAGGAAGCAGAGAGGCAGAGAAAAAGGAUCCAGGAGCUGGAGGAGAUGCAGAAGCGUCUGGAGGAGGCGCUGCAGCAGGAGAUCAAAGCCAGGCUGGAUGAGGAGGGCUUCCGUUACGCUCAAGCGAGGUUACUGGCUGAGGAGGAGGAGAAAAUGAAGGCCCUGAUGACUCUGCAGGAGGAGCAGGAGGAGUACAUCCUGAAGACUCAGAGGGAAAAACAGGAGCUAAAGCAGGAAAUGGAAGUUAAAUCCCGGGCCCUGGACGAGGCGCAGAGGCAGCUGGAGGAGGUGCGAGCCAACAGGCACAGGGUUGACCAGGACGUUGUGGCUGCUCAGAGGAAACUUCGCCAGGCGAGCACAAACGUCAAACACUGGAACGUCCAGAUGAACAGACUGAUGCGACCAAUCGGACCAGGCGAGAAAAGACCUUCUCUGGGGAGCUCUUACCAGACCUUCCAGAUCCCAACGCAGAGGGACCCCGGGCUGCGUCUCAGGAGGAGAUCGGGAUCGGAGGAUCAGAGCGAGGAGAGCAAAGAGAACGUGGACAACGGAGCCGAGUGCGACAAGGAGAGAAGGCACUCGCACGCCUCCAAUGGAGACAUGGACAUCCCCUAAAAGCAUGAAUCAUAAGAGGCUGCUUGGUUUACCCUGAUGGUGUUUUCUAACAGGAAGCUCGAUGAGAUAGGUGUGGAAGGCAGCGGGACUUCUGCACUUAAAGCUGAAUUCACAGUACUACCAUUUUUUAUUACGCGACGAAUUUACUGACCUCAAAUCCAAAAGAGCAACAGUCUGAGACAUUUCACAGAACGUUGCUCAACUAAUACUCCUACUGCCCCUUGUGUGACGACCGAGAAGAUACCUCGUUGCAAGGAAGAAAAAGCCACAGAGAUAAAAAGAUCCAAGCCUAAAUGUGAUGAUUUAAAAGUGAUAAUUACAGACAGGACAAAAAGGAAGCUCAAUGUUAGGUCAGUAAAGAAAGCUACCCAUGUGUCCUUUUACAUAUGUAAUUUUCUUUUUUUUUUUUUUACUUUUUUCUUUUUGAUAUGUGAGUUUUUGAUGUACAGAACUGUUUCAGUAUUAGUUUACAGCAUAAUUUCACUCAUGACAAACAGGAAAUAGAGAGAGAGAGAGAGAGAAACAGUGGGGAGGGGACACAAUUUCCUGUUCCUAAUGUCACAGAACAUAAGUGUAAAUAUAAAAAAAAGUGAAUUGAUGUCCUAACCAUAUAACAAAUGCAUCUUCCAGGUGCUAAUUUGUGUACAACAUUGGAUUUACUUGUCUUCCCAUGCAUGAUGUAUCUUGAGCAAUGCGUUUGUAAAAGAUUAGAUGAAAUGACAUUUUCCGUGCAAAACUGAAAAAGUAAAGCGUCACGCAGAUUUCUGAAAAGGAA